GCUCUGGAGGUGUCAGUACUAGAACUCUAUGAUUUUUUUUCUGUCGGCAAAUUUUUGUUUGCCACAAAAUCGUCCGAAAAGGCCUUGUUGGGGGUCAACCAAAGGACCGCACCUGUCUGCCGGCACACCGAGAGCACCAUCAGCGCCCAGGUAAAAGGUCAGGCGUUCGAGAGACCCCGCGCACCAAUCCGCGACCCGGAAAAGAUGGAGACCCGUCGUGUCAUUUGUUUAUGUCUACUGCUCAUCGCCAGCUGCUACGUGUCGCAGUCGCAGGCGGACGAGCACAAUCACAAGUACAAUGACCGCGAAGAGGUGGUGCUGUGGAUGAACACGGUCGGGCCGUACCACAAUCGGCAGGAGACGUACGCCUACUUCUCGCUGCCCUUCUGCAGUGGCCAGAAGGCCUCGAUCUCGCAUUAUCACGAGACACUCAGCGAGGCGCUGCAAGGCGUCGAGCUGGAGUUCAGCGGCUAUGAGAUGGAGUUCAAGAGUGACUCGCCACGCACCAUCAUCUGCAUGGUCGCGUUGCAGGAGGAUAGCACCAAGGCCUUCACUUAUGCGGUGAAGAACGAGUAUUGGUAUCAGAUGUACAUCGACGGCUUGCCCAUUUGGGGCAAGGUCGGUGAGCGGGACGAACGCGACGGCAAGUGGUACAUCUUUACGCACAAGAAAUUCGACAUUGGCUAUAAUGGCCAGCAGAUCGUAGACAUUACACUCACCACGGAUGGCCGUGAGGAACUCAAGGCGGGAGCUCACAUUAACUUCUCGUACGAGGUCAACUGGAAGCCCAGCAAGGUGGAGUUCAAGAAUCGAUUUGACAAGUAUCUGGAUCCCAACUUCUUCCAGCACAGGAUUCACUGGUUCAGCAUUUUCAAUAGCUUCAUGAUGGUCAUCUUCCUGGUGGGCCUGGUGUCCAUGAUUCUAAUGAGAACCCUGCGCAAGGAUUAUGCCCGCUACAGUAAGGAUGAGGAGGUGGACGAUAUGGAACGAGAUCUGGGCGAUGAGUAUGGAUGGAAGCAAGUGCAUGGUGAUGUCUUCCGCUCGCCACCCAAUACUUUGCUCUUUUCGGCCUUGGUCGGUGCUGGUUACCAACUAAUUUCCGUGGUCUUUUGUGUGAUCAUGUUCGCCAUUGUCGGUGAAUUGUACACUGAACGUGGCUCGAUGCUGUCCACUGCGAUCUUUGUUUAUGCUGCCACCUCUCCCAUCAAUGGUUACUUUGGAGGAUCUCUAUAUGCCCGUCUGGGUGGACGAAUGUGGAUCCGGCAGAUGCUUACAUCCGCCUUUACCGUCCCAGUGGCCGUGUGUGGCACUGCGUUCCUGAUCAACUUCAUUGCCAUUGGUUAUCAUGCUUCGAGGGCCAUUCCCUUUGGCACUAUGGUGGCGGUGACUUGCAUCUGUCUGUUUGUGAUCCUGCCAUUGACUUUGGUGGGCACUGUGGUCGGUCGCAAUCUGGAUGGCCAGCCGGACUUCCCAUGUCGAGUGAAUGCAGUUCCACGACCAAUACCCGAGAAGAAAUGGUACAUGGAGCCGCUGAUUAUUGUGCUCCUGGGCGGCGUCCUGCCAUUUGGAUCCAUUUUCAUUGAGAUGUACUUCAUCUUCACCUCUUUUUGGGCAUACAAAAUCUACUAUGUCUAUGGCUUCAUGUUGCUGGUAUUCAGCAUCCUGACUGUGGUCACUGUUUGCGUGACCAUUGUGUGCACAUAUUUCCUGCUAAAUGCAGAAGACUACCGAUGGCAAUGGACGAGUUUUAUGGCAGCAGGCUCCACGUCCAUUUACGUCUAUGCCUACUCAUUUUACUAUUUCUUCUUUAAAACCAAAAUGUUUGGUUUAUUCCAAACGGCCUUCUACUUUGGCUACAUGGCUCUCUUUAGCGGCGCCCUAGGCAUUAUAUGCGGCACUGUCGGCUAUGUGGGCACGAAUUUAUUCGUGCGAAAAAUCUAUUCCAAUGUGAAAAUAGACUAGUAAGAGCCCUGCCCUUUCCCAGAUCUGUAUAUCAUCCUAAUCGAUUUACAAUUGUAUUUAUUAUUUAGUAGAUUUUGA